CCAAUGGCAGCGCAUAACGCCGUCGACACAUUCCCACGGCAUUCCGGCGUUGUAUUGCUGAGACCGUCCACGGUCAACUGCAUCCGUUAAAGAUCCAAGCAACAGGCAACAAGUACGCGCACAGCAGUCUUGAAGCGCCAGCAACCUCGACUGUGUUUUGAUUAUACCUUCCUACCGCUUCGCUUCCAGUCUGUCGUUCAUGCAAGUGGUCUGAGCAAUCCGAUACAAUAGUGCGCGUCUUGAUCCCCGCAACGGCGCUCGUCACACCAUUCCUGGCGAUCACGUGUCAGUCAUCUCAGUAUCCCACGCCACCUCGACUGAGUACGCCGCCUUCAUUGGCGUACAUUAACCGUCAAACCAGUGCAUUCCCUCUCCAACACUAGCAGUGCGUGUCACAGUCUUUAGUCGGGAUGCUCGUUUCUAAGCCACUUCGCCAUGACCAGCCCAGUCCUCUGCAGAGCUCAUUCUUCAUUCUGCUGCUUUUGGCACAAGUCCAAGAUCCACGAUGGCGUCGUUCAUUCGCCAACUAACGGGUCAUCACGAGAGCGAGCGGUUCGCGAUGCCCAAGAGGACGUGGAUGCAGCAGCUACAGCACUACGCACCGAUCUUCCGUUGGCUGCCGCAGUACAACUUGGCCAAGGACCUUAAAUUCGACAUCGUGGCCGGUAUCACCGUAGCCAUGAUGCUCAUCCCGCAGGAGGUGUCGCUUUCCACGAUCAUGAACGUCCCGGCUCACCACGGCCUGUACACUGCUGCCACGGCUCCGUUAGUGUACGCUAUCUUCGGGUCCAGCACGGUGCUGUCAGUCUCCAGCGGCUCUGAAGUCUCACUAUUGGUUGGUACCAUUCUCGAGGACAUUGACGAUGAGAACGAGCGAGUAGCUACCGGUAUCAUGAUGGCUUUCCUAAGUGGCUGCAUCCUGCUGAUCGUACGGAUCCUGAACCUAAGCCAACUCGCUGAUUUCUUCUCUCGACCAGUUAUGGGCGGCUUUGUAUCGGCCGGUGGCAUCCUCAUCAUGUUGUCACAGUUCUCGAACGCUUUGGGCAUCAAAUUCCCGUCACAGGACUACCCACCGCAGACAGUGUACCAGGUUUUUAACCACAUCGGAAGCACCAACUUGACUGCGUUUGCGGUGGCUGCUGUUUCCAUCGUGUAUCUAAUUGGUGUUAAACUUUUUAAGAAGAAAUUCUUCCCGUCGCCAGUGCUGAUGCAGCUAUUCGAGACUGACAAACCGACCAAAGAGGAGACCGAACAGAUCGUCACUCCGGUGGUGAAUAACAAUGCUGAGGUGACGCAUAGUCACGGUUUUUCUCUAACGGAUCAACAGUAUAUGAGUAUGGAGUCUGCACGUCAACGUCGUGGUGACCACACGCCUCUAAGUGAAGUGGCCGAGAAGAAUUUGGCUGACGAAAAACCGAAACAGUCGAAAACCAAACUUCUCGGUAUUUUCCUUGUGCGUACAAUUUGUGACCUUGGUCCAUUGGUGGUGUGCAUUGUCGGUGGUAUCGUUGGAUACGUGCUUGGUUCGUCGCGUCUGAAACUAACGGGUACGAUUCCAGGCGGCUUUCCCGAUCCCAAAGUGCCUUGGUAUGGCUUCGAUGAGGGACUAAUUGCAAGUGACCGCUUUGGAACGAUCCUGUACAACUCGCUUACAGUCGUAGUCGUCGUUUUCUUGUCGAGCAUCGCUAUGUCCAAACGUUUGGCUAUUCAGCGUGGCGAAGAUAUUAAUUGUGACCAGGAACUCACGGGUCUGGGCGUUGCCAGUGUCGUCUGCGGUUUUUUCCAGGCUAUGCCCCCUACGGGAGGUAUGUCCCGUACUGCAGUCAAUCUAUUGAACGCCCAUACACAACUAUCGUCAAUUAUCACGACGUUGAUUGUGAUCCUCGCGCUGUACACGCUGACGAGUGCCAUGUAUUAUCUUCCGAGUGCAACACUGGCGUCGAUCAUUAUUGUUGCUGGAUACUCGUUGGUCGAGUUCAAGGAGGCCAAGUGGCUGUACCGAGUCAAACGCGAUGAGUUCGUUGUAUGGACUGCAUCGUUCAUCUUGACGCUUGGUCUUGGAGUGCUGGAUGGCCUCAUUGCAUCCAUUGUAUGCUCAGUACUGGCGCUCAUGUGGAAGACCAAGACACAACCCGUUGUGAUCCUUGGCGAGCUGGACAACGGGAGAUAUGUCGACCGUGAACUUUUCAGUGAAGCACACGAUCUCGGCGAUGUCAUUGUCAUUCGUGUCGACAGUUCGCUGUACUUUGCCAACUGCGAGCGUGUGGCUCUCUUCGCUGAGCGUGAAAUGACGCGCUUGAAAGCGAACGGCAUUAUUACGCGUGGUGUGGUGCUGGAUAUGUGCAAUAUGAAUGAUCUGGACGCUACGACGAUUCAAGUCUUGUCGGAUAUGCAGGAGAAACUGGCGGUGCGUAAAGUACGAUUCGCCAUUGCGAACGCUAAGAGCCGACUGCAUGACAUCGUGGCCUCCACCAAUAUUAUCAAGCGUAUUCUAGCGAAUGAUCCGAGUAUUUCAGUGGAAGAGGCAGUGCGUUUACUUCGAGAGUUGCCAGUCCCAGGCAAUACGUCGCCAUCCUCGAAAUCUCGACUGUCGACGGUGCAAGACAAAGUGUAAGAUCGACAAAAUGAAAUGUCUGUUUUUACCGAGUUUCAUCCAAAGGUCUGGGUCAUUGUUUAUCCUCCAGUGCUCGGAUGGUUACUAAUAUCCGAUCCACAGUCUUUGCAUCGAGUGGCAGCACCUUUGACAAACUCCUUGCAGUAAGGGCACUGCUUCUUGACACCCACUUUGAGUUUGAAGACGAACUCCAAUGCUAAAAAGCGCAGUCAUCAUCAUAAGUUAGUAUUUUUAUCAAUUUAAAUUAAUGUCCGGAUGCAUGCACGCACCUUUCUUGACAGCAAUGAACAGGA